UCAAAUAAAACAAAUUUAUUCAAUUAAUUUGUUGUGAUUCUUAUAAUUUAUCCACAUUCGUGUAUGAUCACAUAUAUAUUUGUAUAUAUAUAUGUACAUGUGUUCGGUGGUGAUUGCACGAGUUAAAGCUAAUAAAAAUAUAAUAUAAGAAAUAUAUAAUAUAAUAUAAGAAAAAUUGUUUUCAUUAUUUCUAACAUUUAAUAAUGCGAUGGUCAAUUUCGAAACCAGUUUAUUAUGCAUCAAUGAUUGCAACUACAGUUGGUGCAGUAUAUCUAACAAAAGAUUAUUUUGGUGGGAAAAAAUAUGAAGGAAAAGAGAAUUUAGAAGGUAAAGUUAUCAUUGUUACCGGUGCUAAUUCUGGUAUUGGAAAAGAAACAGCUCGUGCAUUUGCUGCACGGAACGCGAAAGUUAUCUUAGCUUGUAGAAAUAAAAAUAGAUGUGAACAGGCACGUAAAGAAAUUGUCAUUGAAACCAAAAAUAAACUUGUUUAUUGUAGAAAAUGUGACUUGGCAUCUCAAGAAAGUAUACGGACUUUUGUUACUCGAUUUAAAAAUGAAAAUUCUCAACUUGAUAUACUUGUUAAUAAUGGUGGUGUAAUGCGGUGUCCAAAAAGUUAUACAAAAGAAGGCAUUGAAAUGCAACUAGGAGUAAAUCAUAUGGGACACUUUUUACUUACAAAUUUAUUAUUAGACGUUUUAAAACAAUCUGCACCAUCUAGAAUUAUAAAUGUUUCAAGUAAUGCACAUUUAAAGGGAAAACUUCAAGUCAAAGAUUUAAAUAGUAUGAAAAAUUAUGAUCCUUAUGAGGCAUAUGCACAAAGUAAAUUAGCUAAUAUUUUAUUUACAAGAGAAUUGGCAAAGAAACUAAAAGGAACACAAGUCACAGUUAAUGCAGUUCAUCCAGGAAUUGUUGAUACAGAAAUAACAAGACACAUGACAUUAUUUAAAAAUCUUUGGUUUAAAUAUUUUAUUAAACCAUUUACUUGGCCUUUUAUAAAGUCACCUAAACAAGGAGCUCAAACAAUUUUAUAUGUUGCAUUAGAUCCUAAUCUUGACAAUAUCACAGGCUCUUAUUUCAGUAAUAAUGAAAUUGUUAACAUUUCUGAAGAAGCUAAAGAUGACAAAUUGGCGAAAUGGUUAUGGCUAGUAAGUGAAAAAUGGACGAAGUUAAAUGUUAGUUAAUAUAGUAAAUGUAAUAUCAUUUAAAUUAAAAUGAAAUUGGCGUAAAAAUU